CAAACUGGAAGCGACAUCAUUUAUUUCCUGUUCUUCACGUACAUUUGAUCAUCAGCUAGCACCAUCAAGUUGAGAAAUUAGUUGGUUGUUUAUUUUUUCUACCCGUCAGGAUGCAGAUAUGUAAUGUGUGCAGCGAACAGACACCAAAAUACAGAUGUCCAGCCUGCAAAAUACGAUACUGUUCACUUGGCUGCUACAAGCGACAUAAAGACACUUGCCUCCCUUUUGAACAGCCUACACCCACUGUUCCUGAAGUGAAGGAGGCUUUCAACACCGAGCCUUGGACUGUGGAGGAUCUUCUGCAUGAAGAUGACAUCAUUGACAAAGUGCCUCUGCAGAGGCUCCAGCUGUUAGGUCAGUCAAAGGAGCUCAGAGAUCUUCUUUGCAACCCCCAUCUGAGGCAGUUGUUGCGCUCUGUUGACAGUGCAGACAGCAAAGACGAUGCCAUGAAGGCUGCGAUGCAGGAGCCUCUGUUUGUUGAAUUUUCAGAUCAGUGUUUGAAAAUUGUAGAAGAUGAAGCAAAAUCAUUAACAUCGAAUAAAGAUGACGAUUUGUAAAGUUAUGCCUGAAUUAUUUUGUUUAUCAGAUCACUUUUUGAUAUCUUUGAAGAAAGUUUAUUUUUUUAUAUGAAAUGUCUUAGAAUAGGCCACGUUGUGCCAUGUAUGUUGUAGGGCUGCUAUCUUGUGCACUGUCACAUUACAUUAUGUGCGGUAUAUAGCUUUCAAAUAAAUGUUUAAACUGUUAAAAAGACAUUCCUGAGUCAACACUAAAUGAUUACAGUGAAAUGGAUGAUGACAUGCAGACAAAUGUUAAGUGGAAAGAAAAAUUUGUAAUAAUACUUUAUAAUACUGACAUUUAUUUCAGCAAAACAGUCAUUUAAAUAUUAACAAAAUUCAAGUUCUUGUACAUGGAUCUCUUAGUACCCCUGACAAAAAAGCAGAUUAAACAAAACAUGUUUAAGAGAGAGAAAGAGGAAAUUAUUCAGCGAGCUAAUGAAGAUACACUUGGAAUCAAAAGGGCCAAAUCUGUGGGUGAUGAGGAUAAACAUCAGUGUUGAGUUACAUGAAUUAUUUUUAAUAAAAUAUUUCAUGGCAAAAAGAAAAAUGAUUUGAAUGUUAAAAUGGUGAAUAUCAUAAAACUUGAUAUUAAUAAUCAAAAACAAUCAAGUUUCUUCUCCCACAUAAAACUAGUGUACUUUGGUAUGUUAUACAGUAUUAGCUUUGGACUGCAGCUGAUAAAAAUCAACAUAUAAAGUUAUUUAUUCAGACAUUUGGCUGAUGUGCAUAUCAUAAUAAUCCUUUAUCAAACAAAGCAGCAAUAUGAAUAAACCUGGGUUCAUCAUUUCCCUGUGUCACAUCAGUGAUGAGUUGGCUUGUUACUGAUUAUUUGUCCAUCUGUUGCAGUAUGUGAGCAGGUGUUUGGUUUUAAUGUGCAAUAUGUGCUUUACAUGUGCAAUACUUGCUUAAUCACCAUUUUCCCAACACCAACUACUGUCAAAAUAAAUGCAGGAUGUCAACAUCUGCAAUCAUAUGUGCAGCUGAAUCACUACUGUGUUUUUACACCCAAAAAUACAAAUAUAAAAUCACACAUAAAUAAUCACCUUUACAUAAAUACAUAUACUAACAAGCCCAUUUGUCAAUAGUAGUUUUUCUUUAAAGGCACUUGUCAAAGGCCCAAUACUU